UCCCCUUAAUGUAGCCUACACUGAUGCAAGCCACCAGUCUGUUACAUUUGCGAACGCAGUGGACAGGCGAUUUUCUUUAGGAAUGCUAGAGAAUACACGACUUGAAUUGAUGUCUUUUGUGAAUCGUGUGGCAACCACAUCUGCUUGUCGUUCCUUGAAGAUUAGGUUUUCAGAAGAGCUGAGAUGGACUUGCAUAUCCUCGACCAUCGAUUGAGGGUGACUAGUAUUAGCAAAACAGGACUGGUUCAUUUCACUCACCCUUUAAUAAAAUUAAUUUUCUUGAGAAACAGAAGCAGAUGUAAAUUUCUGAGUCUCACAGAAACUCCAGAGAACUACACAGUUGUCCUUGACGAGGAGGGCUUCAAAGAACUGCAGCCAUCAGAACACCUGCAGGUGGAAGGCUCCACCUGGUUGCCCUUAAACGUCGUCUCCAAUGGCAACGCCUCCAGUAGCUCGCAGGCGGUGGGCGUCACCAAGAUUGCCAAGUCGGUCAUCGCCCCACUGGCCGAGCAGAACGUCUCCGUCUUCAUGCUGUCCACCUACCAGACGGACUUCAUCCUGGUACGAGAGAAGGACCUGUCAGUAGUGAUCCACACUCUUCAGGAGGAGUUUAACAUCUACAGAGAGGUGGGGGGAGAGUCCGUUCCUAUCCACCAACAGGACACACAGAACGGGCUACAGAAGAAUGGAAGAGACGCGGUGAAGGCCACUGUGCAUCCCGUGCUGAUCCCCGAGAACCAGUUCUGUGUGAUGAGUCUGGACCCAGACACGCUGCCGGCUAUCGCCACCACGCUCAUCGACGUGCUCUUCUACUCCAACAGCCUGAAAGAAGAACCUCACUCAAGUGAAGACAUCCAGUGUGUCAAAUUCUUCUCAUUCUCCCUGAUCGACGGGUACAUCUCCUUGGUGAUGGACACGGAGGCACAAAGACGGUUCCCGGCUGAUCUCCUGUUCACAAGCUCUUCAGGAGAGCUGUGGAGGAUGGUGCGAAUCGGAGGCCAGCCCUUAGGCUUCGAUGAGUGUGGGAUCGUGGCGCAGAUCUCCCAGCCCCUGGCUGACAGUGACAUCUCUGCCUACUACAUAAGCACCUUCAGCUUUGACCAUGCACUGGUCCCAGAGGAGGACAUCGUCACAGUAACAGACAUGCUCCUGAAGCAGAGGAAGGAUCCAGCAUGCUGACAUGCUGUAUUCUCAAGUCUUACGCUGCUCUUUUGACAAUGGCAGAGGUGUCUGUGUGUGUGUGUGUGUGUGUGUGUGUGUGUGUGUGUGUGUGUGUGUGUGUGUGGAUGUGGAUGCUAACCUUUCGUGCCUAGACUAACUCUGCAGCACAAGCAGUAUUAACCACAGAUCUGUUGCAUUGACCACCAGAUGUGCUUUUUAGAUACAGCAGGGGUUGAUAAGGAUGUCAACUGAUGCUGACUGUCGGCGAUUCAGAAGCCGUUGUGAAAAUGUGAUGUGAAUUUAGGUUGUUAUCUGAUAUUUCUUGUUUGAAAUGAAUGCACUGAAGUGCGCUGAAAUGUUACUGUUCUUCAUGCUCCUGUGUCUUGCGGUGGUGUUGCAGGAGUCUUCCAUGAGAAUAUGCUGGUUGUUCACAAUUUGGAGAUGAGAAGGUUCUGAAAUUGUAGUCUCUGAAACUCUGCAAUAUCAUUUGUUGCAGUCACUUACAUAGUAAUGACUUAAUGUUUACUUUAUUUCUGUCAUUUUUUUGUGAGCAUUUCAUGUGAAUAUUGGAAGCACAUAAGGAUGUUGAGAACCUUGUAAAAAAAACCAUUUGUUUGGAAAAUUGGAUUUUCACAGCAAAGCUUUUUGCUUACCAAACACUGCUAUGGAGAUGUUUUAAGUUUUGAAUCAAACAACGGGCUACUUGCACGAGAGACUCUCAAUGCGGGGGAGCCGGGUGUGUUUGAACCUGCCGCUGACCAGGUUGGGUGCUGCACCUAGUGAAUCAGAAAUCUGUAUGAAUCACAGCCAUGAGUACCAAUAGUCAUCAUCAUGCCCAUCUUCCAGAGUGAGAAUCUUGUAUUAGAACUACCUGUAAUAUUCUAGGCUAGGAGGUAUCUUAGGCAGUCAUGCAUUUGACAGUACUCACACCACUACACAUCACAUGUACAUUUAGUUAUAUAGUGUGCUUAGAUUACAUGUGGCCUUCACAUCAAGCAUAUUGUGUAUAUUUUCAACCACACCAGCACUAAAGCUCAGAGAGAGAAGUCCUCUGAAUUGCUACAACUUCAAUAUGUGUUCAGCAAGUGGAGCAUAGCCUCUGGUGUCACUAUAUGCGAAAACUAAUGCAUUGCAAAUGCCUGAAUGACCAUUUUUAGCAAACCAAGCAUUUCAGUUUGACUGAGUGCAAAAGCAUCACACAGCUCGAGAGAACUAAUACUCCGAAGCACUUAAUGUUGCUCUCAGCACCAUGAUGCUUUUGGGCUGUCAGAUGUUUCUCAAAAGCCUUUUGUUGGGCACUCCAAAUUCUUAGUCCCAUGCUGUUAGUAUCUCUGUCGAGAAGUGUCCAGUGCUUUCCAUGCCGAGGGAAUAUUGUGCCAAAAUGGACUGGACAUUGCAUGUUGAUUUGCUUGACUUAUGGCAUGCAGCAGCUGUAUUUUUGUCUUCCCAUAGAGAAGAGAAACCAUACAUCUGUUUGUAUCUGAGAUACAGAUUCAACUUGUUUCAAGGGGAUUUACUUUUAUACGGCUGUGUUGCUGGCCCCAACACGGCAUAAGUAUUGAUAAAGAAUAGUCACAUCCUUCUAUCUUAAGGUGAACACUCAACACUAAUGUGUAUGUAUUAUGUUUUGUUGGCAGUCUUUUACAUUUGCACAAACCUUCCCCCUUAGACCAAGGGUAGACCUUUAGACCUUGUUUAUCAAAGGAUACACUUAUUUUGUAGCAAUAGAGGAGUACAUACAAUGUUUAUAAACAUGAGACUUCAAUAAAUGAUGUUGAAUUAAAAUAA